UCCAGAAGAAGACGCUCAGCAGCUGCUCGCCCACAGCUUCCAUUCCAUUCCAACCCCAAUCGCCCCCUGAACCCAACAGCACUAGCUUAUUACCAUCCGUCUCGCGCUUCGCUUCGGCUUGGCUUCCCCCGUCGCACAGGCCCCGCCGCGCCCCGGGAGCUGCCGUUGCCAGAACGCCGCCGGGAAGCCGUCGAGUUGGUUGGGGGGGGGGGGGAGAUCUCUGGUGUUAUUGAUGAAAUGAUGAGGGGAGGAGGCGGAGGGAAGGAGGCGGAGGAAGUGGGGAAGGUGAUGGGCCCGCUGUUCCCGCGGCUCCACGUCAGCGACGCCGUCAAGGGCGGCGGUCCGCGGGCGCCGCCCAGGAACAAGAUGGCGCUCUACGAGCAGUUCACCGUCCCGUCGCACCGCCGCUUCAGCGCCCCCGCGUCCAGCCCCGGCGCCAGCACGGUGCCCUCCGCGUCGACCAGCCAGGUUUAUGGAAGUGAUAGGUCUCUGUUCCAGCCAUUCAAUGUGCCCUCCAAUGGACCUGGCCAUUCUACUGAAAAGGUCAAUUCAGAUACUAUCAACAGGAAGAUUAAUGGUUCAAGAAAAGAAUCGGGGAUGCUAUCCUCACAGACAAAGGGCAUGGAUAAUUAUGCUUCAAGAUCAACUGCUCAGUGUGCUCCACAGCAAAGAGUAGAAAAUACAAUAAACAGUUCUUCAGGAAAGAGAUUGGCUGAUGAUGAUGAAUUUAUGGUUCCUUCUGUAUUCAAUUCCAGAUUUCCUCAAUAUAGUACUCAAGAGCAUGCAAGAGUGCAAGACAAACCAACACCCCUUGAGGCUGCCAGUCCGCACAAAAGACCUUCAACAGUUUACAAAUCAUCCACAAAGUGUUAUAACACUGUUGACAAGCACUUGGAGAGAAUCAAUGUUUCUGAUGUGAAAUCAAGGAACCCUCCAAAAGACAAUGAGAUAGAAACAACACAGACAUCCCAAAACGUAGAAAUUGAAAAAAGUUCAUCACGUCAGCCAUCCAAAGAUAUGUUUGGAAGCAGGCAUGCUAAAGUAUAUCCUAAUAUGGAUAAAAUGGGCAUUAUAAAUGAUUCUGAUGAGCCACAUGUUGGAAAUAGUGGGUACCGAGCAGCAAGCAGAAAUGGAGGUUCCAUGAAAUUUCUGAAUCCUCCAGUGAGAACAAAUGCAAUAUCCUCUAAACCGUCUUUUGAAAAUACUGAUAAGCAUUAUAAUUUAGCGCAAGGAGGCCUAAAGGAAACAGGUGCAAACAGAAAAAGGUUGUUAGAACAACAUGAUGCAGAGAAAAAUGAUGAUGUGUCUGAUUCCUCAGUGGAGUGUAUAACUGGUUGGGAGAUUUCUCCAGAUAAAAUUGUUGGUGCUAUUGGUACAAAGCAUUUCUGGAAAGCCAGACAUGCUAUUAUGAACCAACAGAGGGUGUUUGCCGUCCAGGUUUUUGAGCUGCAUAAGUUGGUAAAGGUGCAGAAACUGAUUGCAGCAUCGCCGCAUGUGCUUAUUGAAGGUGACCCUUGCCUUGGCAAUGCCUUGUUAGGUAGCAAGAAAAAGCUGGAUGAAGAAAACCCAAAAGCACAAGCUCUGUUAGUUGUAACCAACGAUGAUGUGGAGCCAAGUAUACAGCAACCAGAGUUAUCAAAAGAAAACUCUGAAGAGAGCCCGCCCUCCCCUCCUCAUGAUACUGGGCUUGUCACUGGUCAACACGAUCAAGCUGCAACAAACGGUGCCUCCAAAAGCAAUCGUCGAGCUACACCUGUUGCUUCUGAUAACCAAAAUAACUGGGGCGCUCAACUUCAACCAAUUCAAAAUCAGUGGCUUGUCCCUGUUAUGUCUCCUUCCGAAGGGCUUGUCUACAAGCCUUACUCUGGCCCGUGCCCUCCAGCUGGAAGCUUAUUGGCCCCAUUUUACACCAGCUGUGCUCCUCUUAGUCUUCCAUCAACGGCUGGAGAUUUCAUGAACUCAGCAUAUGGUGUUCCUAUACCUCAUCAUCAACCACAACAUAUGGGUGCUCCUGGCCCUCCUGCCAUGCCUAUGAACUACUUCCCACCUUUCAGCAUACCGGUGAUGAACCCAGGUGCGCCGGCAUCCAUGGCGGAACAAGGGAGGCACCCUUCCAUGCCACAGCCUUACGGCAACUUCGAGCAGCACUCGUGGAUCUCAGGCAACAUGUCACAUCCAAGUGGCAUUUGGAGGUUCCAUGCCUCGAGGGACAGCGAGGCGCAGGCCAGCAGCGCAAGUAGCCCAUUCGACAGGCUCCAGUGCGGUGGAAGCCGUCCUGUGUCCGCCGCCUUCCCCACCGCGUCGGCUCAGAACACGCAGCCUCAGCCGUCGUCUGGCAGCCAGGACAACCAGACCAUUGUCAUCAGGGUCGUUCCGCACAAUUCACGGACCGCUUCGGAGUCGGCCGCGCGGAUCUUCCGGUCGAUACAGAGGGAAAGAGUGCGAGACGACUAGUAGCCACGCACCGGGAAACCUUGUGCUGCUGGAUGGCGUUUGAUCAACUUUGUAAGUUUAGAGAAGAGGUUGGCCAGAUUACGGUAACCCUUAUUUUUACCCUGACCGUUUAUAGUCAGAUGAUGAUAAUAUUUUUGCCCUGACCGUUUAUAGUCAGAUGAUGAUAAUAGAUUGGAUGAUGUGAUCUUCUGUUUACUGUAUAUUCUCGACGCCAGGCUGCGGCAAUGUGAUGGCCCUUGGUCAAUUUGUAAUGUAUUGUACAUACAGUUACGUACGAUAUUUCUUUACGAUGGCCCUUGGUCAAUUUGCAGUGUGAUUUUCCUGUGCAGCGGCACUAUACAUACGAUAUUUCCUUACAAUGUGAUUUUCCUUUGCAGCGGUACUAUAUUUCUUUACUAUGCAGUUACGAACAAACUCGGACGGCACGGCGACACCGUUGUUCGGCGCUCAUCGUCUGAAAUGCGUACGCACAACAUUUUUCCUUUGCAAACUACUAUUUGCAACUUUGCGGGUGG